AAGUGGAGACAUGGUGUUUACAAGUGUGUCAUUCUAACUAUGCUUCCUUUUUUUUUUUUUUUAACUCUAUUCAGAUUCGAAGCCAGAGCAAAGCAUCCAGGUCUGGGCUGUGUGAGGGAGAUGAAGUGGUAUCCAUUAACGGAAACCCUUGUGCAGACCUCACCUACCCUGAAGUCAUCAAGCUCAUGGAAAGCAUAACAGACUCCCUCCAGAUGCUCAUCAAGAGACCAUCUAGUGAAAUAAGUGAGGCUUUGGUCUCUGAAGCUGAGAGCAAAAACCAUGAGCAUCUAACACAUGAGGGAUUCGUGGAAAGUACCACCCUACAAAUCCGUCCAGCCACAAAGACCCAGUACAGAGAGUUCCACAUUGUUCCAGUCAGUGGGGUUCCCCCAGCUGAGGACCAAAUAAGUGAUUCUGAUUGUGCAGUGAUCAUAAAAGAAGAAACCGUCCGGAGCUACCAAAGGGCCCCCCAAACUUGUGAUUCCCAAGAAAGCCACCUGGGAGAAGCAGUCGUCUUAAGGGAGAAGGCAGAAGCAGGGCUACCAGGCCCUGUGGUUGAGCUACAACUGUCCCUCUCUCAAGAAAGACAAAAGGCCACUAGUGGCCUCGUAGUGGCUCUCCAGGGAGCUGAAAACUCUAAAUCUUCCGACCCAAAUUCCAGCUUAAAACACGAGAAGACUGUCCACAUAAAUUCCGUCCCUGCUGAUGAGAAAGCGGACCCUUCUCUGAGGUCCAGCAAGAUAAUCCAGAUCUCCAGUGGCAGAGAAUUGAGAGUGGUCCAGGGGAGGGGAGCAGGAGACGCUGGGCUGCCUCGGGUGGAAGUGAUCCUCGAUUGCUCUGACAGACAGAAGACGGAAGGGUGCGGGCUGCAGGCAGGAAAGGGGUGUGUGGCUUCUCCAGUGGAAGGAGGGCAGUCAGAAGCACCUCCUUCUCUGGUCUCCUUUGCCGUCUCAUCAGAAGGCACAGAGCAGGGAGAAGAUCCGCGCUGGGAAAAAGAUCACAGCAGACCACACAAGCACAGAGCGCGGCACGCACGACUCAGGAGGAGUGAAAGCCUGUCAGAAAAGCAGGUGAAAGAAGCAAAAUCUAAAUGUAAAAGCAUUGCCCUCCUUCUAACAGAUGCCCCCAACCCCAACUCCAAGGGGGUGUUGAUGUUUAAGAAGAGACGACGGAGGGCUAGGAAGUAUACCCUAGUCAGCUACGGUACGGGAGAGCUUGAGAGGGAGGAAGACGAGGAGGAAGAAGGCGACAAAGAGGAUACCUGUGAAGUUGCAUUUCUUGGCACAAGCGAAUCAGAGGUGGAUGAAGAGUUAUUGUCUGACAUUGACAAUAACACACAAGUUGUGAACUUUGACUGGGAUUCUGGACUGGUGGACAUUGAAAAGAAACUGAACAGAGGGGACAAGAUGGAGAUGUUGCCUGACACCACCGGCAAGGGAGCCCUCAUGUUUGCCAAGAGAAGGGAGAGAAUGGAUCAGAUCGCAGCCCAAAAGGAAGAAGAGAGGGUGAGUGGGGUGCCAGGCAGAGAACCAGAUGCUGCCCAGCUGGAUGGCCUGAGAACCAUGACCUCUUACCAAAGAAAGGAAGAAGAAUCUAUGAGAAUGCAGAGUUCUGUGAGCAAGAGUUACAUCCAGAUGGGCCAAGGUCCUGGUCAUGUGCCCCAACAGAAUGGCUUCAGUGCAGUGUCUGACACAUCAGAGGCCCAAAGGAUGAUUUCUAUGAAUAGAACAGCCAAACCCUUCCCAGGAGCUGUGAACCAGCCAGCAGCCCCCUUCUCUCCAACAUGCAACAUGACCAGUCCCAUCUCUGACUUCCCUGCUCCUCCACCUUAUUCUGCGGUCACUCCUCCACCUGACAGUUUCUCCAGAGGGAUAUCAAGUCCAAUCGCUAGCCCAGCACAGCCCCCUCCAUGGCCCCAGCCUGCCCCAUGGUCUCAACCAGCUUUUUAUGAUUCAUCUGAACGAAUAGCUUCCCGGGAUGAGAGGAUUGCAGUACCAGCAAAAAGAACAGGAAUAUUGCAGGAGGCCAAGAGGAGAAGCACAACAAAACCCAUGUUUACUUUUAAAGAGCCCAAAGUAAGCCCAAAUCCUGAACUCUUGUCACUUCUUCAAAAUUCAGAAGGCAAACGGGGCACUGGGGCUGGAGGUGAUUCGGGACCCGAGGAAGACUACCUCAGCUUAGGAGCAGAGGCUUGUAAUUUCAUGCAAAGCUCCUCUUCAAAACAAAAGACCCCACCUCCUGUUGCUCCGAAACCUGCAGUCAAGUCCUCAUCCUCCCAACCAGUGACUCCAGUUUCUCCAGUCUGGUCUUCAGGAGUGGCUCCAACCCAACGUCCUGCUUUCUCCACAUCGAACCCAUCACAGGGCACUGUUGUCUCCUCCAUCAAAAUAGCCCAGCCUUCUUAUGCUCCUGCCCGGCCAGCAAGUGCACUGAACCUGGCUGGUCCAUUCAAAGGACCACAAGCAGCAGUAGCCAGUCAGAAUUACACACCUAAGCCAAUGGUAUCGACACCCACUGUGAAUGCUACUCACACUGGUGCAGGGAGACCAUCCAAUGAGCUGCCUGGAAUGAGUGGGAAAGGAGCUCAGCUCUUUGCUAAACGGCAGUCAAGAAUGGAGAAGUAUGUGGUGGAUUCUGACACAGUACAGGCCCAUGCUGCCCGGGCUCAGUCUCCCACUCCAUCCCUACCAGCCAGUUGGAAGUACUCCUCCAACGUCCGAGCACCCCCUCCUGUGGCCUACAAUCCUAUCCACUCCCCCUCCUACCCACUGGCUGCCAUCAAGUCUCAACCAUCAGGCCCACAGUCCUCCAAAAUGAGCAAGAAAAAGGGCAAGAAACCCCUCAAUGCUCUGGAUGUCAUGAAGCACCAACCAUAUCAGCUCAAUGCAUCUUUGUUUACUUUCCAACCUCCAGAUGCAAAAGAUGGCCUUCCUCAAAAGUCACCAGUCAAGGUCAAUUCAACUCCAGCAAUGAAGCAAGCUCUUCCUCCCCGGCCAGUGAAUGUUGGCUCACCCACAAAUGUACAGGCUUCAUCAGUGUACUCGGUACCAGCCUAUACCUCACAGCCUUCCUUCUUUGCAGAGGCCACCUCACCAGUCAGUGCAUCCCCAGUGCCUGUGGGCAUUCCCACCUCUCCAAAGCAAGAAUCAGCCUCAUCAUCUUAUUUUGUGGCACCAAGGCCAAAGUUUUCAGCCAAGAAAAGUGGUGUCACUGUUCAGGUGUGGAAACCAUCUGUUGUGGAAGAGUAAUCUUGUAGCUGAAGCUGAGUGUCCACUUUGCUUGAAAUGAAUUGUUUGCAGUGUUACUUGAGUCCCCAAGAAUGCCUAGCAAAUUCGCAAACUAAUUUCAGUAUGUCACUUCCCAAUCUGGGUCCAAGGAGCAUAAUCUUUUUAAUGAGUCAAAAAUCCAACUCAGAUUGACUUAAAAUGUAUUUAUCUUUUUUGCAUACUUAUAAAAUCUAGGAACAUCCCAAAACAGAUAUAUACUAUUACAUUAGGUAAGCAGAAUGCUUAGGACUUAUGCUUUAGCCCCAAGAAUGAUAGUGAUCAGUGUUAUCAAAUAGUAGAGCACAGCCUUUAUGUAACCUGACAGCUGUGCUCCCAUGGUGAAAAAGUGGUUUAAAUGUAGUGAAAAUAUAACAUGCAUUGACAGAGAUUUUCCUUGUAAAGUCGUGCAUUAUUUUUAUUACUAGUGUUAAAGGAAUAAGAGCUCUGUUGAGGACAGAUCUGUCCACCUCAGGCACCUGUUUGAUAUCACAGAGAAGGUACUCUGAGAAUUGCUGGAAUGUACAUAAUUUAGGAAGAGGUAGGUAAGAAAGAUGAUCUUAAUAAUUACUGAGCACUCAUUAUGUAUUACUUUCUUUGCCAGAUAUUCUUACAUGUAGACUCAUUUCAGAAGGCUUAUUUAAAGUAAAUAGGAUUAUACUUAGAUAAUUACUCAUUAGAGAUGGGUUAGAUAAUUACCCAUUAAAGAUGGGUUCCCAUCCUCCCUUCCCAGUUACUUAAGGAGCUGAGUACAUCUCCAAUUGCCCAUAGAAGUGUACAUUGGUUUUCCUCAUCUGAGUAAGCGGUAAAGUGCAGUGUAAUGAGUAACAUAAAAAGGAGGAUGCAUGAUGAAGGCACACAUGUUUAUUGUUUUACCCUGGGAAAUCACAUGAUUGGGACCCAAAGGGUACCGAGUACAAGGAGCUAAUGGUGAAGCACAAAGAACCCCAUGUGUGUGGAGACUGUAGGGUGAGAACACAGUUAUUAACAUCAUGUCUGAGUGACCUCACAGAUUUUCUUCCUAUGUGUGCUUUGCUGUUUGAUAACUGCUUCUCCCACUGUCCUUAUAAUUCUAUUCUUGCACCUUCACUUUAUUAUUUCUAUUUGAUGGACCAGGAUAAUUAAGGCAAGGUUACCUUGUAAAUUUGGAUUGGUCAUACACCAUGUCGUCAUUCAGCUGGCUAUGAAGUUAAUAAUGUUACUGAAAGUAAACCUGAAGACCUUUCUCAUGUCUAUUUUAAGCUGAGUGUGACCAACCAUGGAAAAUAUUCAGCAUGAAUUAAUGUAGACAACUCCAACUCAUUUAUGACAGCUCCAAGGAAAACCACCUACUCCAUGCAGGAGACAUGUUUAGAGACCUCCUAUAAAACUUUCCUGGUUAGAGGGUACACAGUGCCAUUUUAAUCCUCUGGAAAUAUCUGUAUUCCUGUUCUUUUUCUGCUCUCACUGUCAAUCUGCUGUGUUUUUCACUAUCCUAUUAAAAUGUUACUUUCUUCUU